GAGGCUGAGGACUGCCUCUGCUGACCCUUGGCUUCUUCCCCUGCCCUCCACACCUGACCUCAGCGGGGUCAGUCAUGCCUUGCUGAGCAGUGGGGUGAGGCCCAGGGGCAGCCGCCUCACCACAGAGCGAGGAUUGCGGGCAUCAUGGGUGGGGGUGUGAGUGAGGCUCCUGGGUGAGACCUAGCCCCCUCCCCCCCCUCCCAGGAGUUCAAGGGAGGUGGGGGUGGGAGGCCAAGGAUAGGAUGGCUCGGAGUGGGGCGGGGGCAGAGGAGGCCUCCCUGCGCUCCAAUGCGUUGUCCUGGCUGGCCUGUGGGCUGCUGGCCCUGCUGGCCAACGCCUGGAUCAUCCUCAGCAUCUCGGCCAAGCAGCAGAAGCACAAGCCGCUGGAGCUGCUGCUCUGCUUCCUGGCGGGCACGCAUAUACUCAUGGCGGCAGUGCCCCUCACCACCUUCGCGGUAGUGCAGCUCCGGCGCCAGGCUUCCUCCGACUAUGACUGGAACGAGAGCAUCUGCAAGGUCUUUGUGUCCACCUACUACACCCUGGCCCUGGCCACCUGUUUCACAGUCGCCUCGCUCUCCUACCAUCGAAUGUGGAUGGUGCGUUGGCCCGUCAACUAUCGUCUCAGCAACGCCAAGAAGCAGGCGCUGCAUGCGGUCAUGGGCAUCUGGAUGGUCAGCUUCAUCCUCUCCACUCUGCCCUCCAUUGGCUGGCACAACAAUGGCGAGCGCUACUACGCCCGCGGCUGCCAGUUUAUAGUCUCCAAGAUUGGCCUUGGCUUUGGCGUCUGCUUCAGCCUCUUGCUACUCGGGGGCAUUGUCAUGGGGUUGGUCUGUGUGGCCAUCACCUUCUAUCAGACGCUCUGGGCCCGGCCCCGGAGGGCUCGGCAGGCUCGGAGAGCCAUGGGUGGUGUUGGGGUGAAGGGGGGUGGGCCGGGGGGCUUGGGAACCCGGCCAGCCUUUGAGGUGCCAGCCAUUGUGGUGGAGGAUGCCCGAGGGAAGCGGCGAUCCUCGCUGGACGGCUCUGAGUCUGCCAAGACAUCCCUGCAGGUCACCAACUUAGUCAGCGCCAUCGUCUUUCUCUAUGACUCACUCACGGGGGUACCCAUCUUGGUGGUGAGCUUCUUCUCCCUGAAGUCGGACUCGGCCCCGCCGUGGAUGGUGCUGGCGGUGCUGUGGUGCUCCAUGGCCCAGACGCUGCUGCUGCCCUCCUUCAUCUGGUCCUGCGAGCGCUACCGUGCAGACGUGCGCACCGUGUGGGAGCAGUGCGUAGCGAUCAUGUCCGAGGAGGAUGGUGAUGAAGAUGGGGGCUGUGAGGACUACGCAGAUGGCCCAGUGUGCAAAGUUCGCUUUGAUGCUAAUGGGGCCACAGGAGCCGGCUGCCAGGACCCCGCCCAGGUGAAGCUGCUACCCGGAAGGCACAUGCUCUUCCCCCCUCUGGAGAGGGUCCACUACUUACAGGUCCCUCUGUCCCGCCGUCUGUCCCAUGAUGAGACCAACAUCUUCUCUACCCCUCGGGCACCGGGCUCCUUCCUGCACAAGUGGUCAUCUUCCGAUGACAUCCGGAUGCUCCCAGCCCAGAGCCAGGCCCUGGGGGGCCCUUCCGAGUACCUGGGUCGGCGCCGCAGGCUGGAGGAGGAGGAGGAGGAGGACCCCGAAAGUGGGGGGCUGGCCAGUCUCCGACAAUUCCUGGAGGGUGGACUUCUGGGGGCAGGCGGGGGACCCCCGCGGGCUCCUGGCUUCUUCCGGGAGGAGAUCACCACCUUCAUUGACGAGACACCUCUGCCUUCUCCAACUGCCUCACCAGGGCCCUCUCCGCGGCGGCUCCGGCCGCUGGGACUGCCACCCCGCCGGCUCUCCCUUGGGUCCCCUGAGAGCGGAGCCCUCCGACUGCCUUUGGGGCUAAGUGCAGGGAGACGCUGCUCCCUGACCGGGGGUGAGGGGAGUGGGAGAGCGUGGGGAGGCUCCUGGGGCCCAGGUACCCCCAUCUUCUCCCAGAUGACCUUAUGAGCCCACCUGGGCCUGCUGAACUCACAGGAGAGGCUUGGGAGGGGAACACCUUCUUCUGGCCCUACCAGACUUUCGGGUGGUGGGUGCUGGAUCUGGAGCCCUGCAGCGCCUGCUGACUCCCAUCCAAGCGACCAGAUGCCCUAUGCGCCUUCUAUCAUCCCUAGCAAAAUGUAUUAAAAUCUGAAGUGUUGCCAUGGAAA